UGUUUGCCAGUGCUGUGCCUGUACUCUGCUCGGCUGCUGGCUGCUAUUGAUAUACUAGUGUUAGUCGUGUCGCCGAAGGCGUGUGUGUCUGCAGAGAUAGAGCGAGAAAGAGCAGUCGAGAAACGAGCGUGUAAGCGAGCGAGUUUGAGAGAGUGAACGAGAGGGAGAGCGAAAAGAAUUAAAAAUACAUAAGGAAGACUCGCUCGGGAGGAAGGCGGCUUUUAGCAAGCACGAGUUCGUGAAAUAGCCACAGCCACAUCACACACACAGAGUCAUCAUGUCCGAAGGCACAGAUAACCCAAUCUACGGACCGUUCUUCGGCGUUAUGGGUGCCGCGUCGGCCAUCAUCUUCUCCGCCCUUGGUGCGGCGUAUGGCACUGCCAAGUCGGGUACCGGAAUCGCAGCUAUGUCUGUGAUGAGGCCCGAGCUUAUCAUGAAAUCCAUCAUUCCUGUGGUCAUGGCAGGUAUCAUUGCUAUUUACGGUCUUGUUGUGUCCGUACUUAUCGCCGGUGAUCUGAAGGAGCCCUCACAGUACCCAUUAUUUAAAGGUUUUAUUCACCUGGGUGCUGGUCUGGCGGUAGGUUUCUCGGGUUUGGCCGCCGGAUUUGCCAUUGGCAUUGUGGGCGACGCCGGUGUGAGGGGCACAGCUCAGCAGCCACGUCUCUACGUCGGUAUGAUCCUGAUUCUCAUCUUCGCUGAGGUAUUGGGUCUCUACGGUCUCAUCGUCGCCAUCUACAUGUAUUCUAAGUAGAUCACGCGGUGGUGUUCUAUACCAACCGCCGCUGCCGCGCGUGCGAACGAGAGCAGAGCGAACGACAAACAAACAAAAAGACGCUCACAGUCAUGGAGAAAUCAAAGUCAUGAUUUUCUUCUUCGCGAGAUAUUGUAAUAUCUGAGGUUUUAAAACAACAGCAUCAAACAAGCGGUGAUCCUACGCUUAAAACUAUUAAUUGAAAAAAAAAACAUCAUCUCCGAUUGAUUGUUUGUUGAGAGCCCAUAUCAUACAUUACAAGAAACACCACAUUUACAAGAUAUUGAAAAAAAUCACAAAAAUGCUUUGUUCGACUAUUGUUGAAUUUUGAGUGGUAUAUGGCAGCUUAAUUUGUCGUUUAUUAUUUCUCUGUAUGUGUCUCAAUUUGUUUUUUUUUAUUAUAUAGCGAGCUAUUCUUUGUGUUAGUUUUAAUUAUUGAAUAAAAUUUAUUAUAAUUAGGGAAACGUGAGAGAUACUCGCCAACCAUUGUACAAUUAUUAUACAUACUAUUACCAUUAUUAUUAUUAUUCGUAGAGUUAAAGACACGAGAAAGUCUGUUAUUUUAAACAAAACGGCUCUUGUCUGUUAUCACUACUUUUUUUCUUUGGGAAAAAAAUCUUUUGAAAAGGUUAUUAUUAUUGUUGUUGAAUCUUUUUUGUUUUUUAAAACUUGUACCAUGGAAAAAUAAAAAAGACAUGCCUAAGAAAAAAACGCGAUUCGUGGCUGUACUGAAUCAUUUAUCGCCGGAUCUCUUACCGUAUUUUCAUGGAUGGAGAGAAGGAUUGAACAUACAUACAUUAUAGAAAUAUAUAUAUAUAUAUAUAUAUACAUAUAUAUGGCUUUUUUUAAACAAUUGCUAAAGAAUAAGAAAAUCAUGAUUUUGAUUUGUAAUUGUGAUCCGAUAGUCUGGUAAACCGACCGCUUAAACGGAUUGGCACAACCCUGACACCGACUAUUAACAAACAGUAUAAAGAGAGCGUGAUCGCGUAGUGGCAGGAACACUAUUAUCGUUUGUCGCCUGCGCCAUCCAACCGACCACUUCGCUUCCGAAACUUACUCGUAUAGCCGUGUAUAUCGUUUUAGCGAGUUGUCUUCUUUUUAUUGACUUAUCAAACAUAACAUAACAUAACAAUCUUAUACAUUUUCAAACUGAACCAUCAAGUGAUGUAAUUUCUUUCUCUGCAUUCUUCAUCUCAAUUGAUAUAUACGUUACGAUGUUAUUGUUGUUAAAUUAAUUCUUUAGACUCAAGGCAUUUAACGUUCAGCUGCAUGUAAGAAAUAAAACCAGUUCAAAGUAAAAAUGUUUUUACGAAGUGUCACUCGCUCACGGAAGUGUUUGACGUGUGUGAAAGAGAAUGAGAGAAAAAAACGAAAGAAAAAAAAGUUUGAAAAUAUUAGAUGGCUCGGAGGGCGCAAAGGAAGUUGACGUUAGGAGAGCAGGCGGCAAUAAUGAUUUAAGAGUUAAAAAAAACUACACAAGAAAAGAAAAGCAAAAGAGACACAUCGAUGAGAAGCUAAAGAGAUGGUUAACCAAGCCCAUAUCCCAUACCGAUACCUUUAUCUUUCAUCAUUGUAUAGUAAUCAUUUUUAGCCUAGAUGGAACAAUUGAAUUGAUUGAUUGAAAACUUAUUGGCUCUACUGAAUGUAUAAAGUAUAUUAUUAUAAAUGAAGGAUAAAAAAAGGACGAAGAUAAGGCGGUGAAGAAAAAUGUUUAUCGAUAAAUGAACACUUAGCACAAUUAUAUAAAUAUAUAAAUAUAUAUAAAUAUAUGUAUACAUAUAUGAAAAAAAAAUGCAAGCGAUGCGGCGACGAUGAUACAAUACUGUUUAUAACGAAAAAGUAAAAUGCAAAUUAAACUCGAAGCUAGCCUGAUAGAAAGAGAGAAAGAGCGAGCGAGAAUAUGUGAGAAAGAGUGAGAGUCAGCGAGAGAAAAUUUUGAAAUAACCGGCAAAUGAAAGUUUACGGAAAACACACAUUCGGCGCGCCAUUGAUGACAAAGAAAAAUAAUAACGAAAUAGUAUUAUAGUUGCUAAGGAGGCGCGAGAGUUGAAUCCUACCACCAAUAGUGUGUUUUUUGUCGCAGGAUUGAAAAUAACAAGUGAAAGAACGCAAAAUAAAUUAAAGCAGCAGGCUCUCAAAUUAAAAAUUUGUACAUUCCAUAUAAAGAAAAUAAAAAAAUUAUGAAAAAGAGAGAGAGAGACAGAGAGAGAGAGAGAGAUAAGUUUGUUGGGGUUUCUCCAAUAAAAAUUGACCGACUGCCUUAGGACAUAGCGAAGCUUUAUACACGUACCUCGCAUACAAUAUGUCUAUGUUUUGUUGUUCGGUGCGUGUAUCUAUGUACUUCGGCGGAGGCGGCUGCGUAUGGCCAGCCAAAAUAAACAUUCUCUCGCGCCUCGUUACGUUGUUUUUUCUUUUUAAUCUUGUUUUUUUCGAAUUGUCGCUCACACACACACUUGAUUAGUAAUAUGAGUAUAGUAUUUGCUUUUUUUUUCUCUUUCUUUUCUUUUUUUCUUAUCUGCCAAUUGUACUUUUUCGAGAUGACAGGUUAUUUUAGGACCAAGAUUACGACGGACAGACGAUAAAACAACGACAAUAUAUGUGUUGUAAUAAUAAUAAUCGAAUUAUAAGGCCGGGGAACGCGGUGGUGGUGAAUGAGUGAGAGAGCGUGUACACACCCACGAGUGCAAGAGUUGUAUCAUGUUCUGGUUUGUUUUUUGUUUGGAAUAUUCCCAAAAUUGCACGCGUUUGAGCAAACACACGCUUAACAAUACACUUACACGAGAUUUAUAUAUAAUAUACAUAUAUAGUCCUCUCCUCGGUUACUUAUAAAUAAAACAAUUAGCUCUAUAUAUGUGUAUAUAUACAUAUAUACAUAUAUAUACACAUAACUACGUAAACACGUAAAAAUAUGUAAGUUUAGCGCUGCUGUGCAGUAGCCUGUGCAGUAGACGAGAAUGACGUAUAUAUAUAUAUAUAUAUAUAUAAUCCAUUUAUGUUUGUACGUUCGUGUAAUUCUCCCCCCCCCCCCUCCGCCCAGCAGAGCUGCUUGAAGAUCGACUUCGCGAGAGGAUAGAGAAAGAAAUAGAUAGAGUUGGAGUGCAUCGAUUGAAGGAGAAACGGGCUGAACAUAUAUAUACCUAUAAAUAUAAUCCGUAAUUCAAAUAUACAUGUGAAUAGCUGUAAAGCGAUUGUACCACGUGUGAUGUAUAUACAUACCACAACUUUGAAAUUAUAUAAAAACAAACAAAAUAUAAGAAAAAUAAUUUUCAAUUGUUUUUUCGCCGCCGGUUAUCAUUAACUAUUAUUAUAUACAUACUAUGUGCUUUGCGCUGUGUUUAGGGCUUAACAAGUAAAAAAGACGAGAGUAUCAACACACAUGUUACACAUACAAUUAGAUGGAAAGAGAGAGAGAGAGAGAGAGCGUGAGAGAGAGAGCGUGAGAGAGAGAGAGAACGAACGGGUGUUGAGAGUGCAUGCGCGCGCGCGCGCGAAAGAGAGAGAGAGAGAAAAUGAGUAAAAUUUGGAGCGAUCGAAGUGCGAGUGACAGGCCAAGAGCUAGAGCGAGAAUAAAGUAGAGCAUGCGCUUCUCACGCAUAUUAAAAAAACCGUUUAGCACAGCCGGAGCCAAGAAGACGACGCUGCCGCCGCCGCCGCUGUGCCCCCUUCCUCUUUCAAACAACCGACAACAAAUUACAAAAAGUAAAAACCACGAAAUAACAACAUCCGCGUAGUAAUAUCUUCCAGUGUUACUCGUAGUUUCAUUGUUGAGCGCUGAGAAGUGAAACUGAUCAAUAAUUAUUUAUGUUAUAUGAUUCGUCCUCGAUGUUAUUGAAAUGAAAAAGAAAAGAAAAACGUGUUUAAUAAAAAUUUAAUUUGGACAAACAGA